AGUUUUUUGACUUGCGCACUAGCUGGUAGGGUGUAGCCUGGUCAGAUGUAGCUCCUUUCCUCCAUGGCGCUGCUCAGGAAUCAAUAGCUGAACGAGUGGAAGGAAAGUCGGGAAAAGAGUAAAGAGAGAGAAAGGAAGCGCCUGCUGUUCUGCAUGAUUUUAUUCCCAACUCUGCAGACCUUUUGAGAAGGCGCAGGGAAUCCAGAUCGGAAAGGAAAGUCGUUGGGAAACGAAAGGGUCAGGACGCACGGAGACAAGAAGAAGAAGAAGAAUGCGCUGCGUGGCUCUUGUUUUGAGUUUACUGACUUUGUGCGUGACGCGCGCGCACGCAGCAAUGGACGAGUGCGUGGAUGAGACUGGCCGGCCUCAGCGCUGCAUGCCUGAGUUCGUGAACGCUGCGUUCAACGUGACUGUGGUGGCCACCAACACGUGCGGAUCUCCGCCUGAAGAGUAUUGCGUUCAGACCGGCGUCACCGGAGUCACCAAGUCGUGCCACAUCUGCGAUGCCCAAGAUCCGAGACAGCAUCACAGCGCCGUCUACCUCACUGACUACAACAACCAGGCGGACACCACCUGGUGGCAAAGUCAGACCAUGUUAGCAGGCGUCCAGUAUCCCAACUCCAUCAACUUAACCCUGCACCUAGGAAAGGCCUUCGAUAUCACCUACGUGCGCCUGAAGUUUCACACCAGCCGCCCAGAAAGCUUCGUCUUGUACAAACGCACACGCGAGGAUGGCCCGUGGAUCCCAUACCAAUACUACAGCGGCUCAUGUGAGAAAACCUACAGCAAGCCAAACCGAGGUUUCAUCCGCACCAGCGAGGACGAGCAACAAGCGCUCUGCACAGAUGAGUUCAGCGACAUCUCGCCGCUUACCGGAGGAAACGUGGCCUUCUCUACGCUCGAAGGACGUCCCAGUGCAUACAACUUCGACAGCAGCCCAGUUCUUCAGGACUGGGUGACUGCAACAGACAUCAGAGUAACUCUGAACAGGCUGAACACGUUCGGAGAUGAAGUGUUCAACGACCCCAAGGUCCUCAAGUCGUACUACUACGCUAUUUCCGACUUUGCCGUAGGAGGAAGGUGCAAAUGUAACGGUCAUGCCAGCGAGUGUGUGAAGAACGAGUACAGCAGGCUGGUAUGUAAUUGCAAGCACAACACAGAGGGUGAUGACUGCGAAGUUUGUAAAUCCUUUUAUAACGACCGCCCAUGGAGAAGAGCCACUGCUGAAAACCCCAACGAGUGUCUGCCUUGCAACUGCAACGGCAAAAGCAGUGAAUGCUACUUCGACCCGGCUCUGUACCGUGCCACGGGUCAUGGAGGUCAUUGCCGCAACUGUGCCGACAACACAGACGGACCCAACUGCGAGCACUGCCUGGAUAACUACUACAGAGUGGGUCCAGACCACCGCUGCCUGCCAUGUAGCUGUAACCCUGUUGGCUCUCUGAGCACUCAGUGUGACAACACGGGUCGUUGUAGCUGCAAACCAGGUGUCAUGGGAGAUAAGUGUGACCGCUGCCAGCCCGGAUAUCACUCACUGACCGAAGCAGGCUGCAGCCGCUGCUCCUGUCACCCUUCCGGAAGCACGCAAGAGUGUGAUGUCAAUACAGGACGCUGCCAGUGCAAGGAAAACGUGGAUGGUUUCAGCUGUGACAGGUGUAAACUUGGCUUCUUCAACCUGGACCCCCAGAAUCCUCAGGGAUGCACGCCAUGCUUUUGCUUCCACCAUUCUACUGUGUGUGAGAGUGCAGGAGGAUACAGCAUACACACCAUCACGUCCAACUUUGAUCGAGGAGAUGAAGGCUGGAAGGGUCAGCAGAGAGACGGCUCCAGCGUGCCAGUGCGGUGGUCUCCAAGCUCUCAAGAGAUCUCGCUCAUUUCAGAUGAUUACUUCCCCAUGUACUUUGUGGCUCCAGAGAAAUUUUUGGGGAACCAUGUCCUGAGCUACGGUCAGAACCUGACCCUCAACUUCCGGGUGGAGCGCCGUGACACUCGUCUGUCAGCUGAAGAUGUGGUGCUGGAAGGAGCAGGACAGCGCAUCGCUGUGCCUCUCAUUGCUCAGGGAAACGCUUAUCCCGAUGACCAAAUGAAGACCUUUGUGUUCAGGCUCCAUCACACCCCAGACUCUUCCUGGAGACCAGAGCUGAAACACGCAGACUUCCAGAAGCUUCUUCAUAAUCUUACUUCCAUCAAGAUCCGUGGUACCUACAGCGAGAGAAGUGCUGGAUAUCUGGACAGCGUCUCUUUAGUGACUGCGCGACGAGGACAUGGGAAUCCAGCGCACUGGGUGGAGAAGUGUUCAUGUCCUCCUGGCUACGAGGGUCAGCACUGUGGGAAGUGUGCUCUGGGAUACAGGAGGAGCCGACCAGAACUGGGUCAAUUCAGUCCCUGUGAAACGUGCAACUGCAAUGGCCAUAGUGACACCUGUGACCCUGUAACAGGAAUGUGUAACUGCCAGGACAAUACAGCUGGCAUGAGCUGUGAGAGGUGUAAGGACGGUUUCUAUGGUGAUGCCACAGUGGGUUCAGCUUCCGACUGUAAACCGUGCCCGUGUCCUUCAGGUGCCACUUGUGCAAUCGUGCCAAAAACCAAAGAGGUGGUGUGCACAAACUGUCCGCUUGGCACCACAGGGAAACGUUGCGAGCUGUGUGACGAUGGAUUCUUCGGUGACCCACAGGGCACUAACGGUCAGGUGAGGGCGUGCCGAGCAUGUAACUGUAACAACAACAUUGACCCCAAUGCUGUAGGCAACUGUGACCGUGAUAGUGGCGAGUGCCUCAAAUGCAUCUACGACACAAAUGGCUUCUUCUGUGAUCGCUGCAAAGAAGGCUACUACGGAAACGCCUUGGCUAGCAACCCAGCUGAAAAGUGCAAAGCCUGUGCAUGCUCUCAGUACGGCACAGUGGACAGACAGAAGACCUGCAUGCAGGUAACGGGGCAGUGCGAGUGUCUCCCUCACGUCAUCAAUCGAGACUGCAGCGCCUGUGAGCCUGGCUACUACAACCUGCAGAGUGGAAAAGGCUGCCAACGGUGCAACUGCAACCCUAUUGGCUCCACUAAUGGUCAGUGUGACAUUGUGAGUGGACAGUGUGAGUGUCAGCCUGGGGUCACAGGUCAGCACUGUGAGCGCUGUGAAGUCAACUUCUUUGGCUUCAGCUCGUCUGGAUGCAAACCCUGUGACUGUGACCCUGAGGGUUCCCGGAGUGCUCAGUGCAGAGAUGACGGCCGUUGUGAGUGUCGCCCCGGCUUCGUUGGUAAUCGCUGCGAUAUGUGUGAAGAGAACUACUUCUACAACCGCUCCAUUUCUGGCUGCCAACAAUGUCCCAACUGUUACAGUCUCGUCAGGGACAAGGUGAACCAGCAGAGACAGAAGCUCCAUGAACUACAGAAUCUGAUUGACAACUUGGGCAGCCAGGACACAGUGAGCGACAAAGCUUUCGAAGACCGCCUCAAAGAGGCUGAGAAAACCAUUAUGGAUUUACUGAAGGAGGCUCAGGCCAGCAAAGAGGUGGACAAAGACCUCUUAGAUCGUCUUAAGAACAUUAACGACACGCUGACGACGCAGUGGAACCGGCUGCAGAACAUCAAGAACACUGUGGAAGACACCGGAAACCUGGCGGAUAAGGCACGCAACAGAGUACGUGAGACUGAAAAACUUAUUGAGCGGGCUAGAGAGGAGCUGGACAAGGCGAAGGAUGCCAUCAGCAAAGUGGAUAUCAAAAUUCCCACAACCACUGGAGAUCCAAACAACAUGACACUCCUGGCUGAAGAGGCUCGCAGACUAGCAGAGAAGCAUAAGACAGACGCAGAUCAGAUUGAGAAGAUUGCAAAAGAUGCCAAUGACACAUCGACCAAAGCCUACAACCUGCUGAUGAAGACGCUGGACGGCAAGAACAAGAUCAACAAGGACAUUGAUGACCUGAACAAGAAGUACAAUGAGGCCAAGGACCUGGCGAAGAACCUGGAGAAACAGGCCAAUAAAGUGCGAGCUGAAGCAGAAGAAGCAGGAGACAAGGCUAUGAAGAUCUACGCUAACCUGACCAGCCUGCCUCCAUUUGAUAUCAGCUCAUUAGAGGAUGAAGCCAAUAAAAUAAAGAAGGAGGCAUCGGACCUGGAUAAGCUCAUCGAUAAAACUGAGAGGGAAUACAAUGAUCUAAGAGAAGACUUGAGAGGCAAAGAAAGUGAUGUUCGCAGACUGCUGGAGAAGGGGAAGACUGAGCAACAGACAGCGGAUCAGUUGCUGGCACGGGCAGAUGCAGCCAAGGCCCUGGCAGAAGAGGCAGCAAAGAAAGGCCUAUCCACAUACCAGGAUGCAAAGGACAUUCUCAACAACCUCCGAGACUUCGAUAGGAGAGUAAACGACAACAAGACCACAGCGGAGGAAGCUUUGAAACGUAUCCCACAAAUCAAUGCGACAAUCAACGCUGCCAGUGAGAAGACUCUGCAGGCUGAGGCAGCCCUGGGCAACGCUGCGGCUGACGCUAAACAGGCCAAGUCCAAAGCAGAGGAAGCUGAGAAAAUCGCCAGCGGUGUCCAGAAGGGUUCGGCUAAAGCCAAAGCAGAUGCAGAAAAGGCCUUUGAUGACACGAUGAAACUGGACAACGAGGUGAAGGACUUGAUGAACCAGCUAGGAGACGCCGAGAACGAGCUGAAGAAGAAGAAAGACGAUGCAAUGCAGGACAUGAUGAUGGCUUCGAUGGCAUCAGACAACGCAAAGGAAGCAGAAGAAAACGCCCGCAAAGCCAAAAACUCUGUCCGCACUGUACUCAACGCAAUCACUGCUUUACUCGGCCAGCUAGGCAACAUUGACAAGGUGGAUCUGAGUAAGCUGGACCAGAUCGACAGAUCGCUGAAGGAAGCCAAGGGGAAAAUGGCAGACAGCGAUUUGGACAGGAAGUUGAAGGAGCUGAAUGAUAUGGCCAAGAGCCAGGAGGAUAUGAUUAGCGAUUACGACCGGCAGAUCCGAGAGAUCCGUGCCGACAUUGCCAACCUCAAUGACAUCAAGAACACUCUGCCGGACGGCUGCUUCAACACGCCGUCUCUCGAGCGGCCUUAACGUCUCUCCGCUCCUGCUCUCAUCCCUAACUCUUUGCCCUCUUCUUGUCUCUACCACACCUGUCGCCAUGUAACAUUUGGGGCAAGAUGCCAUCUUUUACCAAAAUCUUUUUUUUUUCCCCCAGCUGUAUUUUCCAUUUUUCCAUCAGUGAAGCCACUUUUUUUUUUUAAUCAAACCCAACAAUUCACAGACAAUACUACUUUUUACUACCAGAUAUGUAAUCAUACUACUGUGUGAAAAGGACAGGCUUGGAGAGGUGGCUUCUCGAGUUGUGUGACCGCACCACCUCCAGAACUUUUAUUCCUCCUCCAUCCUGCCUUCAAUCCCAGUGCCAUGAAGCGGUCACAUCAACUUGCUUGUUGUGAUUUAUUAUUGUUGUUAUUAUUAUUAUUAUUAUUUUAUUUUUAUUUUUUUAAAGCUACUAUCCAACACAUUACUUUAUAACUCCAACUAUUUACAGCUGGUUCAGAAAACGGACAGUGAAGGAAUCUUAUUUGCUGUUUUCUUUGUACUCUGAGUCUCUUCUCUUAGUCUCUCUCUCUCUCUCUCUCUCAUGUGCUUGCGUGCUCUGAAAGUUAGACACCAGCUAUCAGUGAUCGUGCAGAGAGAGUUAGUAAUACACACUACAGUACAGUAUUCAGCUCGGCUCAUCUCUUGUCUCAUGAGCAUAACUGCAAACAGUGAUGCACAAAUGCCUUAUAGAUUCACACUUCAUAUCCAGUUCACAUUCAGCUCAGUGGUCUAAACUCAUUUCGUGUACUUAUUUUAACGCUUCAACGUCAUCGUUUUCUAUAAAACGAUGCUGCUGCUUACUUACAGGUGUACUGCGGAUCACAUGUUCACGUUUUUAUUUUCAAGGCAAAAAUUCAACACUAUGCAACUUUGUACAUUUGCGUAGAAAGACUUAUCUGAUACACUGGUGCUAAUAAUUAUUUCAAAUGUUAUAUUUUUGUGUGAAUGUUUUUUAAUUAUUAUUAUUAUUAUGAUAUAGAGUGAGGAUUUUUUUUCCCUUUUUUUGUUUUGUGUAAAUAUAUUCUUAAAUGUUUCAGGAAUGGCUGAGUUUUAAAACUACACCGCCAGCUGUAGGUUAUUUCACAAGAGAAAAUCAGCUAAAAUCUCCACUUCUAUAAUAUAUAAAUCUUUAUACAAGUCCUGUGGUAUAAUAUGCUUGCUUGUAUACAUGGCUAAUUUUUUUGUUGCCUCAUAGCGCUGCCAUUUAUUUUAAUUGUGUUUAAUUCUCAGCAGGUGGUUAAUAAAUAAAAAAAAUAUAAUGCUUUUGUAAGGAGAACACUCCCUGAACUAAAACUGCUUAAAUGUGUCCAAUAUGUCUAACAUUUCAAAAAGUAUUUUGACAGCAAGCUGGUCAUGUGACUAGUUUAGCAGACAUGAUGGUGUCUUGUGCCUUUACUGCUGGAGAUCAUCAGCCCACCCAAUUCAAGAUUUAUAUACUUUUUUUUUUAAACUAAGGAUGCAAUCAGAAAUUGUGCACACACUACGCGAUUCUUGUUGUUGCUAGUUUUAAAGAAGCAGGAAGAAUAUGAAGCACUCCACUAUAACUUCUCAGAGAAAUUAUUAUUCAUUUUUGCAUCAUUACUGGUCACAAGUCUGUAAUGGCUUUGACACUCCUACUUUAUGUAUGAAAUUAUCCAGAACACUUUCUCGAAACCUCUUGCCUUACCAAUGUGGACACGAGUGCAACGUACACAAUUAUGUAUGCAGCAGUGUUUAUGAUUUUUCAUGUAACAAGUAUUUUUAAGCUCUUCAGUAUGUGGGUGUGUGUUGCACAGUCUUCAAGUUGGUUUUAAGCUCCUGCUCUGUUUCCUCUGUUGAUCAAGACACUUUUCACACACACACUUGAAAGGGCCUGAGAAACUCCAGCUUGUCACCCAUUUGCCUGUUCAAUAAAAUUAUAACAUUUGAAUAAUAAACAGUGGUUAUUUCCGGACCUGAUAA